UCACCUGUUUAAAUCACGGAGUCUACGUCCACUCUUUGAUACAGUCUGUGGUUUUUUCGGAUUACACAAAUGAGACAUAACGUGUUAAACAGCGAGCUUUAGAGGUAAACCAGGCUAGCUGUCCCCCUCGUUUCCAGUCUUUAUGCUAAGCUAAGCUCAAAGCUGUACAGGUGUGGCCUCAAAGCGUUUGUUUGAUUCCUCCUGACCUUUGACUUGCGACUAAACUAUAAGCCAAGUGUGUUGCUCCUCUCUCUGUUGAUUUGUGACCCUAAUGUAGAUAAGCUAGUCAAGCUAGUCCGCUAAGCUAAGUUAAAACAGCUGCUUGCUCCAGCUACAUAUUUAGCACACAGAUGUGAGGGGUGGUAUCGUUCUCAUCUCACUCCCGGCAGUAAGGCCAAUAAGUUUCCCAAAAUGUCAAACUUUUCCUUAAAUGUAGAUAUGCAAUACUCAGUAGAGCUUCCGGUAAAGUGUAACAUGUUUGUGUGAAGGUUUCUAUCUCGGACAUUGAGCCUGAACUACAUUCCUGCUCCUUUGUUAAAUAAUGGAUUCAUCCUAUAAUCACCAUCUGUAAAGACACGCAUGCUCUGUUAAAACUGUGUGUUUUGUUACUUUCUCCCCAGUUUUACUAAGUAUAAUCUUCCUGUCAUACUGCAGCUCGAUGCUUUUUUUCAGGUUUUUCCAGUUGUAAAAUGCCAUGUGAGCGUAUAGUGACUCCCGCCGGCUGUAUAAACUCAGCCGUUCAUAAUUCUGCAUGCAGAAAUAUAGCAGGUGCAUGAUUCUGCUAAAUGUGUCGGUGUUUCUCUGUCUGUAACCAUGUUUUCUACUCCGUGUGUCAAAACAAAAUAAAGAACUGAUGACAGAAAAAUGCAGAGUUGCUUGUCAUGUUGUACUUCUGCAAUUUGGCCAACAGGUAGCGCUGUGGGGGAAUUUAUAAAAUAUAACAGGCAAACACACAUGACACUCAAAUUAUGGUAAAUGUUAAGCAUAUGUUACAUUUAUAUGAUCUUUAUUAAAAAGAUUGUAUAUUCACUAUUGGAUGUAAGUAGACAAAAAACAAUCAUAAAAUCUUUAAUUCCCUCAAAGGGAUUCUGUUUGUUUGUGUCUUUUAUAACAUUUUAAAUUCUUCUCUACUUCAACAUUAACAAACAUAGUGUUUCCUCAUGUAAAGACGUGAAAGAAACAUCUGUCUGCUGUGCCCCAGUGCGUGUGCGUAUGUGUGUGGUGUUGGUGAUUAUGCAAAUAAUCAUUAGACAAUUGUACCAGGAAGUUUCAGUCAGAAAAAAAAGUCCCCGGCCAGUUUGUCUAAGUUCCUCAUUCUGGUGGACGAACGUAACAGUCCGUGUCGACCGGUCGACCUACUUGGCGAACCAGAUACUGUCAGCACCGCCUGUCCAGCAGCCUGUGUGUCAAUCUGAUGAUUAAAAACACAGAAAAGAACUCCGAGGACUAAAAAAACACUUGUUGGCAUUGGAUGAACUGUUUCCUUCAGCGGGGACACACACAGAGAGAGUAUGGGCUGUAUGAAGUCCACGCUGAGAGGCGGUCUGAGCGGAGGUGUGGAUGGAAAGACCGGCCAGCAGACUGUACAUACCAACCCCACGCACUAUGUCAGAGACCCAACAACCUCCAACACAAAAAGCAACACAGAUAACUCCCUGUUACCUGGUCAGGUGUUCCAAAAGAUGGAAGAGAAAAGUGUGGUCGGUAAAACUGUGAUCAGCCUCUACCCGUAUGAAUCUGUGCAUCCCGACGACUUAGGAUUCAAGAAAGGAGAAAAGAUGAAGAUCUUAGAGGACCAUGGGGAGUGGUGGAAAGCGAAGUCACUGAUAACCAACAAAGAAGGAUUCAUCCCGUGCAAUUAUGUCGCCCAAGCUGACACCAUGGAAACAGAGGAGUGGUUUUUCAAGGACACUACAAGAAAGGAUGCGGAGAGGCAGCUGUUGGCGCCUGCGAACAAGCCAGGCUCUUACCUUAUCAGGGAAAGUGAAACAUCAAAAGGAAGUUUCUCCUUGUCCGUCAGAGACGUGGGCGCCCAGGGGACAGAUUCGGUCAAGCACUAUAAGAUAAGGUUGCUGGAUAAUGGCGGCUAUUACAUCUCUCCUAAAAUCUCCUUCCCCAGCAUCGGUGGUAUGAUCAAACACUACCACAGCAAAGCAGAUGGCCUGUGUCGUAAACUGGACCGUAUGUGUGUGAAACCCAAAGCUCAGAAGCCGUGGGACAAAGAUGCGUGGGAAAUUUCCAAAGAUUCUAUUAAGAUGGUGAAGAAACUCGGAGCAGGCCAGUUCGGAGAAGUCUGGAUGGCUUACUACAAAAACGCGACCACAGUGGCGGUGAAGACGCUGAAGCCGGGCACCAUGACGGUCGAGGCCUUCAUGGAUGAAGCCAACGUCAUGAAGACGCUGCAGCACGACCGGCUGGUGCGGCUCUACGCUGUUGUCACCAAGACACCCCCCAUCUACAUCAUCACGGAAUAUAUGUCAAAUGGGAGCCUACUAGACUUCUUAAAGAGCGAUGCGGGAUGCAGACUCCAGCUCCCCAAGCUCAUCGAUUUCUCAGCGCAGAUAGCGGAGGGCAUGGCGUACAUAGAGAAGAAGAAUUACAUCCACCGAGACCUGAGAGCAGCCAAUGUCCUGGUGUCAGAGAGUCUGCUCUGUAAAAUAGCUGAUUUUGGACUAGCAAGAAUCAUCGAGGACGACGAAUACUCUGCCAGAGAAGGAGCCAAAUUCCCCAUCAAAUGGACCGCUCCAGAGGCCAUCAACUACGGCUCCUUCACCAUCAAGUCAGACAUGUGGUCCUUCGGAGUUCUACUCUACGAGAUUAUAACCUACGGGAAAAUCCCAUACCCAGGUAUGACCAAAGCAGAGGUGAUGUCCUCGGUGCAGCGUGGCUACCGGAUGCCUCAGCCCAACAGCUGUCCCGCCGAGCUCUACGAGAUCGUGACGUCCUGCUGGAAGAACAAACCCGAGGACAGGCCCACCUUCGACUACAUGCAGAGCGUCCUGGACGACUUCUACACGGCCACAGAGGGACAGUACCAGCAACAACCAUAGAGAGAGAGAGAGACAUUCACUCCAGGUUAUGUUUGGAGCUACUUUAGAUAUGUUUUUGUAAUAUUCUGUGUAUAUAUAUGACACAUUCUAUACAUUUAUGCAAUGCAUUUCUUUCAUAUUUGCUGUUCAGAAUAUGCAGUUUCCGGAAUGUGCUGCAGUAUAUUGAGCAUUUUGGGGUAGAGGGGAGAUGGAUUUUGCACAAAAUUGGUAUAAACAGAAAAAACGGUAUAUGGACUACAGAGAUAAGGAGUCUUAAUCAUGUUUUUGGAGUCUUGGGCCAAAGCAUUUAAACAUUUGGACCAAAUACAUUUCAUUUGAUGUAUGUGUACAGAGGGACUGAAACAGCUGAUUGUACAAAGAGUUUGCAAAGGCAGGACACAAUAAAAGAGGAUUGGUUACUUGAUUUCUGCACAAACUGAACAAACAUUUAGUGAUCAUAUCUUUGACUUUAAAUGACUGAAUUAUUGUUUGACCAUAUGUAUUCACCAAACUUAAUGUCCAUCUCCUAGGCUGUCAUUCAUCCCACGAUGACAUUUAUAUUGGUUUGAUAGUCAAAGAGGGUAUUAGAGUAAAUCAUGUCCUACUUAUAAAAUAUAUUAUGUAAGGUUAUGACUAUCCGUUUUACAAUUCACGACAUAUGAUUUCAUAAACUGCUCUGACGACGGGAGCCCCCACAGUUGUUUGAGUUGUUUCUGUGUGUUUGCUGUUUCAUUGUGAAAGGUUGAUCGCCUCACUUCAUAUUGAAGUACUUUACUUCUUGCUUAUUUGUUUCGUUUAUUUCUUUGUUUUAGGGGGUGUAAUCUGUUCUUUGAAUCGUUUCAAUUAAGGUAUAAUCAGAAGCGUAAUCUGGACUUAUAACUUGCACUUGGUUUGACAUUGGAUGGCUCUUGAUAGUUAGACUGAACCUUAAAUGUACAGAAGAAGGAUACUCUACAGCCCCUGUAUGGGCUGUUUUGGACAUUGGAUCCAUGAGCUGUUUGUUUGCUACUUGAUAUUUGCAAUGAGAAUGUGUACAUUUUGUAUGGGCUAAAUGUGUAUAGGCAGUAAAGUAUACUCUGUGUUGGAUGUUUGUACAUGUAGCUUUAGGAGUUCUCACUCCUACUUCACAACUUAUUCUGUUGAUUUUAUAAAGAAAAACUGUUCAUAAGCUUUUGAAGUCAAUUUUUCACCUUAUUGCAUUCAAGUUCAUCUCAGUGACCUGAGAGAACUACACAAAUAGCUUCAUGUCCUUGGUAUCAAGAAGUACGCCCAAAAGAAAGGAUCAUUAGAUUUACAUUUUAGUAAUUUAAUAUUUAAAAAUUGUAUUCAGAAUGACGUUUCUUGUAUAUCCAUUGUACAACAUUUAAACAUGUAUUAUAAGCCAGUGAUUCUCAAAAUGGGAUCCGUUAAAUGUUUUCAGAUUCAUUCAUUUAAAUUAGAUUUUCGUAUUAUUUUUUGGUUACACAAAUAAUAAUACAAUUUUUUAAUUUAUAUUACU